AUGAAAAAACAAGAUCGUAAACGUAAACGACUUGCUCGUUUGAAAAUGCCACCAGCAAAACUGAAAAUAUUUCGUUUACGUCAAAAAUUAAAUCUUCAUCAUUUUCGUUCAAAGUCGAAAUUAGCUCCAACUCGACCAUCACCAACGGAAUCAUCGUUUCGAACAAAACAAUCCAAAGCCAAAGCUUUUAAGAGAGUUAUCAAUGCUUUGCCUGUAGACAAAGAUAAACAGUUUGAAUUAAUCACAGAAAUUGCUGCAAAUUUAAAUAUUAUUAAAUUAGAGAAAAAAAUUGAACGUAAACAGCAAGCAUUAUCACCAAUUGUGAAACAACAAGUAUAUGAUUUUUAUUUUCGUGACGACAUUACCCAGGUCAACAAAUCCGAUGCUGGAUCCGACCGGAUCUUACCGGAUCCGACCGGAUCUUACCGGAUCCGACCAUCCGACAAAAUCCGAUCGGAUUCCUGGAAACGGAAUUGCAUUGGAAUCCGACUAGAAAAAUCCCGUCGGUUGUUGCAAAUUUUAUGA